AUGAUAAGUGGGUCAAUUAGCCUUGGUUGCCUGGAGAAGUUGGUCCAUGGGCAUUGCAAAUCCGCCGGCCACUCAGGUUCCCCGCUCAAAUGCAGGUCAAUGAGAGGCAUGGCGCUUCGAGGUGGGAAAUCCGACCCGUCGAAGAGUCUACCUAGCUACCUAUUCCAAGAAAGAGAGAGAGAGAGAGAGAAAGGAGGGGGAUUUCUAAGAGCACUGUGUCUUCCAAUCCAGGGUACCGGGGUCAUUAGGCAGAAGCAUGGUGGAAAUAUCCCUCUCACUUGGAUGACUCCUCCCCGAAGCCAUACACGUUCUGGAGCUGGGAAAGGAAGGCACGGACUGCUGUAUGCCAUUUGCGGCUUACCAGCAGAGUGGCUUUGUUCCCCGCUGCCACCAGGCCGCCAGAUGCCACAGCUCAGCCCUUUCUGGAGUUAA